GUCUUAAUAUCAUGGCUGGUAUUGUUGCACGACUCUUGGCAUUCUCCCAAGCUCCGUUGGUUGCUCAGAACGCUUCUAAUACUCACGAUCUUGCUCCAGCUAGGACAACUGCCACAAGUUCCAGUGGUUCCGAAGCUUCCGCAGCUUCACAGAGCCCUCAAGAAUGCAAUUCGGAUCGGUAUGAUCCAUAUGUCUGUGAGUGCCUAGGUCAUAAUGGCUGUUGGUUUCCCUCAGAGGUGCACGAAGGCCCGCCGUACUCACAUGAUGAGCCGUGGCCGGAGAGGUCCAUCACCUGUAAUAUUCCUGCAGGCAAUGAUCCCAAGGGCAAUGAUGCUCCCGCCAUCAUCAAGGCAUUUCACGACUGUCGAGAGAACGGCCACAUUAUCUUCGAGAAUGCGACUUACUACAUUGGUACCAAAAUGAACACGACGGGACUCAAGGACGUUACCGUAGAGCUCCGAGGCACCAUGCUCUGGAACACAGACAUUCCAUAUUGGCUCGCAAACUCCAUGCCCAUCGGCUUCCAAAACCAAACCGCAGCCUGGCAUCUCGGCGGCGAGAACCUCCACUUCUACGGCAACGGACAUGGAACUCUCCACGGCAACGGCCAAGUCUGGUACGACUAUAACAAAGGCGAAAGCAACCUCCACGGCCGACCGCAUUCCAUCCUCAUCACCAACACCAAAAACGCCGUCAUCGAAGGCCUCAACUUCCUCCAACCCCAAAUGUGGGCCAUGACAGUCGCCCGCUCCGAAAAAGUUCUCCUCCAAGACAUUUACGUCAACGCCACCAGCGCCGACGGCAAUCGCAAUUUCCGCUCCAACGUCAACACCGACGGCGUCGAUACCGUGUACACCAACAACAUCACAUUUCUCCGCUGGACAAUCGACAACGGCGACGAUAGCAUCAGCAUGAAACAAAAUUCCACAAAUAUUUAUAUUUCCAAUUGCACGUUUUACAACGGUCAAGCUCUCGCCAUGGGUAGCAUCGGACAAUAUCCGGGCCAGAUUGAAGUCAUUGAAAAUGUCACGGCGACGGAUAUUCGAUGUGUGAAUACCGGGUAUGCGGGAAGAGUCAAGUCGUGGACGGGGAAGAAUAAGGGUUUCCCUCCGAAUGGAGGCGGGGCCGGGAAGGGUUGGGCGAGGAAUAUUACGUUUAUGAAUUUUACGCUCGAGGAUGUUAAUCUUGCGUGGGCGAUUUCGCAAUGUACUUCUUAUAAUCGUGCGAGAGGGGAUUGUAAUUCUUCUGAUUUUCAGAUCUCCUCCCUACACUGGGGCCGCACCCAUGGAACCCUCAAAGGCGACCGCAUCGCCACGCUCCAAUGUUCCGCCUCAGCACCCUGCAGCAACAUCCAUCUCUUCGACAACGACCUCUACGCUCUCGAUCAACAUCUCAAACCCGCAGACUCGUACUUGUGCGAACAAGUCGUGAAUCCUACGGGAUUCAAUUGUACCGGUCCGUGUGCGGGGCAAUGUCCUCAUUGAAUUACCUAUUCUUCUAUCAUUUUGUGGAGGUUUCUGACGUUUGGAGUUUGGUUUUUUUUUAUGGAGGAACAGCGAUGCGGCAGAGAAAUGGUGCGUUGGGGGGGAUGGUUUCGAUGGGGUUUUUGGUGGCGGGGUUUGGUGGGUGUUCUGGUUUGGGAGUGGUGCUGCUUCUUAGUGUGGUGGUACAAAUGUUGGUGUAAAAAAGAAAGAAAUCUCCUGUCUCCACUGACGAAGAAGGGACUCGAGGGGAAUUUAAGCGGGUGAAAAAGCAUGCCGAGAGCAAAGAAGUUGGCGUGGAUACGUCUUCUUUUUUCUUUGCUAUCAGGCUGUGUGGGUUGGGGGUGGGGAGUAGGUGGAACAAAAGUUAAAAGAAGAAGAAAAAGAAAAAGAAAAAGAAAAAGAAUAUCAUGAAACUUG